GCCGCCUAGAACGAGUCUACUGGAAAUUUUUGCGGGGGAUCGAUAGACGCAUGCGCUUUCCAGUAAACGGCGCAUCCUGUCAAGAACCUUUUACACCAUCGACAACCUUCGUCAACCCAAUCUGAACUCGAUGGCCGACAGAUCACCGUCGUUGCCUAUUCACACCUACCACUGCCUAUGCACAACGCUCGUUCUCACCACCGCACAUGACCUGAACUCACUUCCUCGCCGCAGUGAGCCUGUUCAAGAUGGCGCCCUCAUCCUCGCUCCACCUGUCGACAUUACUCGAGCCGAAACCCUCGAGACGCAAGGCUCCGAAUCCGCGGGCUCUGUGCUGCUCAACGUGGCGUUCGAGCGAAGACCAGUCAUGAUCCGAAGAGAAGACGGAUUCGAGAAAAGAACGCUUCUGCGAUGCGUUAGGUGCAAGUUGGUGAUAGGGUACAAUCUCGACGAGGGUCACUUUGAGAAACAGGAAGGCGACCCAAGGCCAGUGUAUUUGCUGCCUGGUGGACUACUCAGCACACAGGAUAUGGUCGAGGGCAAGCAACCAGAUGCUCCUUUAUGGGCGGAGCAAAAAUAAAUGGGUGUGCAGGAUUCAUGUGUUUAAUUGCAUCUGAGAUACCCUCUAGACCAAUAAGCUCUGCCAGAAUGCACUCGGGUAUCGUGCCCAAGAACAAGACAAUGGUGGUGGUGUCCUGACCACCGUUGCGCCAACCAAAACUAUGCAUUGGAUUCCAUGCCCAUAAAACCAUACGCUCGUAAAG